CUGGCACUGCAAGGGCCACCCUACUCGUGGGACUACGUGCACAUGCGCACAGCCGGCCAGCCAAUCCUUUAAAUAGCGUCCUACGGACGCAUGCAGCCUCUUUCCCUGCCGCCGCCGAGUCGCGCGGAGGCGGAGGCUCGGGUGUGUUCAAGAUUCAACUUCACCCGUAACCCGCCGCCAUGGCCGAGGAAGGCAUUGCUGCUGGAGGUGUAAUGGACGUCAAUACUGCUUUACAAGAGGUGCUGAAGACCGCCCUCAUCCACGAUGGCCUAGCACGCGGCAUCCGCGAAGCUGCCAAAGCCUUAGACAAACGCCAAGCUCAUCUUUGUGUGCUUGCAUCCAACUGUGAUGAGCCCAUGUAUGUAAAGUUAGUGGAGGCCCUUUGUGCUGAACACCAGAUCAACCUCAUUAAGGUUGAUGACAACAAGAAACUAGGGGAAUGGGUAGGCCUCUGUAAAAUUGACCGAGAGGGGAAACCCCGCAAAGUGGUUGGUUGCAGUUGUGUGGUGGUUAAGGACUACGGCAAAGAAUCUCAGGCCAAGGAUGUAAUUGAAGAAUACUUUAAAUGCAAGAAAUGAAUAAAUAAAAAUUUUGGCUCACUUUA